AUGAAAAUACACUACGAAUCGAUAGAUUUCUUUUAUAUACAAAAUGUUCCAUUUGUUGAAACAUUCUUUAAAUUGUUUGUUAGUUUUAUUCAUCCUGUUGUAAUUGUUUCACUGGAUAUGAAAUUCAUGGCUUACAAUUGGUUUCGAAUGUUUAUAUUAGAAUUAUGUGAAAAUCUUCACAUAGAACAAUUAAACAGAAAUUCGUUAGAUAAUUAUAAAUGUCAUCGAUUGCUACAAAAAAGAUUAAGUUCAAUUUUUAAUACAUUGAUUCUAACUGAACUAAAACAAUUAAGAAUAUCAAGACAAACAUCGAUUCCAAGUGAAGAAUGCCUAAAUUCUUCUUUGCAGAAUGCUGCUCUAGGUUGGUUUCUUGCAACAGGAAAGAAAUCAUCAUCAACAACAACAGAUCAUUUAUCAUCGACAGCUGCCAUCGAUCUCUGUAUCACUCAGUUAUUAAUGCUUCUACUUCGUUGUAUUCAUUUCUAUGAUCAUAUUCGAUCAAUAUGUGCAACAACUGAUUACAUCCAAGAAUUAUUAAACAUUUUUCAUAACAAUCAACAGGGUCAAAUUGAAAAGGAUUUAAGAAAUUAUUAUGGAAAAACAAAAGUUCAAAUCAACGGUCGAAUUGGUCGUAUUGUUGGAUGUUUGCCAUCACAAUCUGAUGCAUGUGUCUUUUCGAAUACAUCAUCAUCAAAACAUAAUGAAUACUUACAAUUUAUUUGGUAUCAUUAUUAUUAUUAUAUUUUAUGGAAACAAAUGAAACAAAAAACUUUUAAGAUGGUAGUAGUUGACUGUGAGUAUGCAGGAGAAUUGUAUAUUGACGAAUGUUCGAAUAUAACUGGACCAGAAAUCUCACGAGAAAAAGUCACAGAAUUAAGACAAGAUUUUUUAAAUCAAGAAACUGAACAGAUUACUGCAAAUCAAAAAAAUGAAACUCAUCUUCAGCGUAAGCAAACAAUAAAUCAAUUACGAACAUGGGCUGAUGGGUUUUAUUUUAUUGAACUUUCUCGACCAGUUUUCAUUGAUUCAAAUGCUCCUAAACCUCAUGUUGAUGUGAUUGUAUCUAUGAAAAAUCGUCAUGGUGGUUAUAUAAUUGCUGAUGAAUAUCCAUCAUUCGUUUUUUACAGUGUAAUGUUUCGUAUCUAUGUUUUUUGUGCUAUUCUAUGAAAUGCAAUUAUAUUUGUUAUUAUUGCAAACUUUUUAUUUAUGACUUGGACAUUCAAAUUAAAUUUUUUGACUACAUGUAUCACGAAUUGGAGAGAUUUUUGGUUUAAUAAUGCAUUUUGGCAUCUACUUAGUUUAUUGAUUCUUCUUGUUAUCAUGUUUUUAUAUCGGCCAUUAAGUAAUAGUCAACUUUAUGUUUUUGUUCCUUUACUUGAUGAAUUGGAUAAUGACAAUGAUGACGAAGAGAAAAGAAAAUCGGGUGUAUUUGAUUCGAUAACAAUCUAUAAUGGAACAAGUACUCAAGAUGGUGCAGCUUCGAAAUGUCAAAAGCAACAAAAAACAUCUGUGAAUCAUGAGGCAAACGUGUCAUCUAGUGGAACUGGGGAUUCAAUUGGUAACUAUGCAGUGAAAGAUGUUUUAGCAUGGACUGAACAUAAUAUGCCAACAACAAUCAACAAUCCAAUAAAAUAA